ACUUUGCAGUAGCUAGUUCUGAUGCCUCUAUGGUAGCUACAUUCUUUGAGGAAAAGACAUCAGUGCCUUAUGCAGGUGAUUUCGAUGACUUCUCCUUAUCAGAUGCACUUGAUGAUUUUGACUUGGAACAUGCUCUUCAUCCUGAUGAUCCCAAGCCACAUCCUCCUGCAAAUCCUAGAGACACUGAUAACCCCAAGCGAAAUGAACCUAAAGACACUGGCACGUUUGAUGAUGCAGAUCUGUUUGAUGGCAAUUUGCCAAAAGGAGGAGGUGAUAGUAGUGGCAGCAAUGAUCGAAAGGGCCCAGCUCCAAACGAUGGACAAGCAGAGGAGGCUUCUCCGGGAGCACUAGCUGGAAUUGUAGGUGCUGUGGCUGCUACUGUAAUUGGAGCAGUAUCUAGUUUCAUUGCUUACCAGAAGAAGAAGCUCUGCUUCAAACAAAGCGCAGAUGAAGAGAAUGUGAAUAUGGAUAGCCAUCGGGGAGCACAAUCUGAGCCACCUGGUAAGAGAAGAAUCUAG